AACGAAAGUGUAUACGUGCGUGUGUUACGCUGACGGCUUUGUGAAUUGAUGUUCUGUGUUUGGGCCGUAUUUCUGCCUUUUCUGUGCAGUUUGCCACACGUAAGGUAAAAGGUGAAUUAAUUGAAGUAUUAUUUCUGUGUCGACACGUUUCCGAGGCGUCGUUUUAAAGGGACACUGCGUUAAAAAUGACUCGCACUGAGUUAGUGGACUGUGCCGAUUAGAAAUAAUACCUGUGGGGUUACCAAGGUGGUGACGACGCAUCGGGAGAGGAAACAGCAAAGAGCCUUAAUAGCAGUGAAAGCGAGAAGGUGAGAGUCCUCUUUAGUGUGACAUUAGUAAAUUCAAGACCAAGGAGCCUGACAGGAAAUACCAGAGAUGGCUAUUCUUUGUAGCUUUGCGGACGUUUGAUGGACUCACUACUGACUUAAAGACAGAUUCUGGACCUGGAUGCGAGUGUGCCUCUCAGACGUUGAAAACGGUUACAUCUCCCUGACAGUUUUCAACUGCCAUAAUGGAGAAAUACGAAAAGCUGUCCAAAAUUGGCGAGGGUUCCUACGGUGUGGUGUUCAAAUGCAGGCACAGAGAUACUGGCCAAAUAGUCGCCAUCAAGAAGUUUGUGGAGUCUGAAGAUGACCCAGUUAUUAAGAAGAUUGCACUGCGAGAAAUACGUAUGCUGAAGCAACUCAAACACGUGAAUUUGGUCAACCUGCUCGAGGUGUUCAGGAGGAAAAGGCGGCUCCACUUGGUGUUUGAGUUCUGUGAACAGACGGUCCUAAAUGAGCUUGACAAACACCCCCGAGGGGUACCUGAGGCUCAGCUGAAAAGUAUAGUAUGGCAGACUCUGCAGGCUGUCAGCUUCUGCCACAAACACAAUUGCAUUCACCGCGAUGUAAAGCCAGAGAACAUCCUCCUCACCAAAACCGGAGUCAUCAAGCUUUGUGACUUUGGCUUCGCCCGUAUUCUGACGGGACCAGAGGAUGACUAUACAGACUACGUAGCAACCCGCUGGUACCGGGCUCCUGAGCUGCUGGUCGGAGAUACUCAGUACGGGCCUCCUGUUGACGUGUGGGCUUUGGGCUGUGUCUUUGCCGAGCUGCUCAAUGGGAACCCACUUUGGCCCGGGAAGUCUGACGUUGACCAGCUCUACCUCAUCAGGAAAACUCUGGGUGACCUGAUCCCCCAUCACCAGCAGGUCUUCCGCUCCAAUGUUUUCUUCAGUGGAGUUAGUAUUCCUGAGCCUGAUACAAUGGAACCUUUGGAAAAGCGCUUCCAUGGAGUGUCUCCCCAUGCCCUUCAGGUUAUGAAGUCAUCCCUGGUGAUGGAUCCUUCUUUGCGCCUGUCCUGUGAAGAGCUGCUGGAGCUGCCUUACUUCCAGGAGGAAGGAGGACUCAACUAUGGCCGUGAGGGGGAGCGCCUAGGAAGACGACAUGACAGAGGCUCCCGCCGCAGACAGGCUGGGGCUCAGUACCUCCCUCAGUUACCAAACAGUAACAUCUCACCUGCACCAGAAGUCAAGAAACAAGUGAAGCAAAAAUAUCACCUGCCCAAUAUAUAAUAAAUAAAUUCAUCUAGUGUUUA